AUGACUCAUUCUUUUUUCCGCAAAUUGCUUACAUACUUGUCAUCUGAUGAUGAGUUGGAUGCUGUUAUUAAUGCUGAGGCUGAUGGAGAGUCAUCGAGACAUUGUGGCAAUCGCCAACGUCGUAAGUUUAUUCGGCGUGAUCAUAUUCAAGGGCACGAGCGCAUUUUCCGUGACUAUUUUGCAGAAAAUCCAGUAUAUCCUUCCAAUCUAUUUCGAAGGAGAUUUCGGAUGAGUCAUGCCCUAUUUCUCUGUAUUCUAAAUGAGAUAGAGGCUUACGAGCCCUACUUCGUCCAUAGAAGAGAUAAUGCCGGAAGACUCGGUUUAUCUUCUAUGCAAAAGAUAACCGCAUCACUUAGAAUGCUGGCCUAUGGGGUUACUGAAGAUUUUAUGGAUGAAUACAAACGUAUUGGAGAAAUCACAGCAAUGGAGAGCCUCAAAACAUUUUGCAAGAUAAUCGUAACUGUUUUUUCAGAUGAAUAUUUGCGGUCUCUAAAUACCAAUAAUAUUGCUCGAUUGCUUGUGGUUGGUGAACAACAGAGAUUCCCAGGAAUGCUAGGAAGCAUUGAUUGCAUGCAUUGGAAGUGGAAAAACUGUCCCGCCGCCUGA